AUGCCCAAUAUCCCUUGCACUCUGAUUGGUGACUUUAACAACAUCUGCUCUCUAGAUGAAAAGGAGGGUGGAUCUCAAGUGAUUACCCAGGCCAUGAUGAACUUUAAUAAACUCCUAAGUGACUGUGAAGUUGUAUCUAUGAAUGCUUUUGGUGCUCCUUUCACCUGGUGCAAUGGGCAUCAAGAUAACUCAGUUAUUUUUGAAAGACUAGAUCAGGCUGUUGCUAACCCAGAUUGGGUGCGACUUUUUCCUAACUGUGAGUUCCAAAAUCUACCUAUCCUUAGAUUAGACCAUGGUCCCAUUCUCUUCAAUAGUAACGAUACCCCUAGAAAAGUCCCUAAAGCCUUCAAGUUUGAGGCCAUGUGGUUAGCCCAUAAAGAUUUUGACAAAGUGGUAAACCAAAUUUGGGACACUUCCUACAGUGGGAACGUUGCCCAAAGAAUUCAAUCCUGA